AUACCAAAAGGACCUCUCUUAACAAGGAAGCGAACCCUAAUUCCACGUUCUCUUCCAUUCCUCUCUAAUCCAUCCCAAUAUCUCGUGGCCUCGCCUCAACCAUUUCACACCACGCCACCUCCCUUCGACGUUCGUCCUGCCAGCCAUCUUCAAUCCCUCUACGAUCUCUCUUGCCGACCCCAGUAUACUUUACGAGCUUAAUUCCCCAUCCUAGAGGCCGGCAUCUGCUCUCUCUCACCAACUUCAAUCGCGGCGGCAUCAUUCUCUCUCCACCACCCAUCCUGCCGGCGUAUUUUCAUUUAUUACGAUGGCUGAUGCUCAUGAAACUGAUAAGAACAUUGAAAUAUGGAAAAUUAAGAAGUUGAUUAAAGCACUUGAAGCUGCAAGAGGUAAUGGGACUAGCAUGAUCUCUCUCAUUAUGCCUCCGCGUGAUCAAAUUUCUCGUGUUACUAAGAUGCUUGGUGAUGAAUUUGGAACUGCUUCGAAUAUUAAGAGCAGGGUGAAUCGCCAAUCUGUUUUGGGCGCUAUCACAUCUGCUCAGCAGAGACUCAAGCUGUAUAACAAGGUUCCUCCAAAUGGGCUUGUGUUGUAUACUGGGACAAUCGUCACUGAGGAUGGAAAAGAAAAGAAAGUCACCAUUGAUUUUGAGCCUUUCAGGCCUAUAAAUGCAUCUCUUUAUCUUUGUGACAACAAGUUUCAUACGGAAGCCUUGAAUGAAUUGCUAGAAUCUGAUGACAAGUUUGGCUUCAUUGUCAUGGAUGGUAAUGGGACACUCUUUGGUACAUUGAGUGGAAACACACGUGAAGUCCUUCACAAAUUUAGUGUCGACCUUCCUAAGAAACAUGGAAGAGGAGGGCAGUCAGCACUUAGGUUUGCUCGUCUACGGAUGGAGAAGCGGCACAAUUAUGUGAGGAAAACAGCAGAGCUUGCAACCCAGUUCUUUAUUAAUCCUGCCACUAGUCAACCCAACGUUGCAGGAUUGAUACUGGCUGGAUCAGCUGACUUCAAAACCGAGCUCAGUCAAUCCGACAUGUUUGAUCCUCGUCUUCAGGCCAAAAUACUUAAUGUUGUCGAUGUCUCUUAUGGAGGGGAAAAUGGAUUCAAUCAGGCUAUUGAAUUGUCAUCCGAAAUCUUAUCUAAUGUGAAAUUUAUACAGGAGAAGCGCUUGAUUGGAAAAUACUUUGAAGAGAUUAGCCAGGACACAGGGAAAUAUGUUUUCGGUGUUGAUGACACACUGAAAGCUCUGGAGAUGGGUGCUGUUGAAAUUCUCAUUGUUUGGGAAAAUUUGGAUAUCAAUAGGUACGUAUUGAAGAAUGCUUCCACCGGUGAGAUUAUCAUAAAGCACUUGAACAAGGAACAGGAAGCCAAUCAAAGCAACUUUCGUGACCCCGCCACCUCCUCUGAGUUGGAGGUUCAAGAAAAAAUGGCGUUGCUGGAAUGGUUUGCAAACGAGUACAAGAAGUUUGGUUGCACACUGGAAUUCGUUACCAAUAAAUCACAGGAAGGAUCACAGUUCUGCAGAGGUUUUGGUGGUAUUGGAGGAAUUCUUCGUUACCAGCUUGACAUAAGAUCAUUUGAUGAACUAUCUGAUGGGGAAGAGUACGAUGAUUCUGAAUAGCAAUCAACCAAUCACUCCCCGUGGCUGGUGCAGAUGGGGGAUCAUGCGCUUGCACCAGCGCCCAGGGUUCGCGGAGGGGUUAUGUCCUUUUGAUCUGGAUUUGGCGUCUAUCUAAUUGAUCGUUAAAGGAUGCGUGCUCCAAUCUUUUGCCACAGUGCUCCGCCCUUGUUCUCGUGGAAUGGUUGCUGUCUACAGCAGAUCAGAUACUCAGUUACAAAAUGUUUGAAGUAUUGCAAUAAUAUUCAAUGCUCGUAAGCUCUGAACUUUUUGAGUUUGUGUCAUUUCGACUACUUUUCGAUGCUGAUAAUCAUAAACCAUGUCAGUUGGAUCUGAAUUCAUAUGCAUUUUACAAUAUUUGAAGGUUGUUCUUGUUAGGAUUGGUUCUUGAAUCUCUGAGAAUUAGGCUACGAAAUUGUUUCUGAAACCGAAGUUACAUCUAAACGAUAUUUAAUUCGUUAAUAGUAUGCUUAGUGUAAGCUUGUUUGGUCUAGAGACACCUUUCCUUUAGGAGCUGCUUACAGAUGAGAAGUGUUUUUCUUUAGUUGAGCCGAGUUUCUAUCGAAUUUGUUUAUAUAAAGUGCUUAAUUAGCAAAGCUAAA